ACGCUCGAGCCUCUCCAUUGGCCGCCAGCGCUCAUUUAGCUGCUGUCAGCGCGCGCGGCCCGGGCACGCUCCGCUAACUUUUCCCCGCACCGCUCCGAGCAAAGUGGGCUGAAAAGGGUCUAUUCUUCUCGGCGGAUGACAGCAAAAAGGGCAAAAAAGGGGGAAGUGAGGAAGAAGUUGUCCUCUGAGACCGCACCGGCUUUUCAUCGUCUUCUUCACCCUUCAAUGAUCGCGUGGGUCUGAGCGGUUGCUCCAAGACAAGGUGAAUGUACAGCAUCAUGAUGGAGACGGACCUGCACUCCCCCAUGGUGCCGCAGACCAACCCGUCCAACCCGGGGGGACACGUGGGAGGAGGCGGUAAAGUCCCCCAGGAGAGAAUAAAGAGACCCAUGAACGCUUUCAUGGUGUGGUCCCGAGGCCAGCGACGGAAGAUGGCCCAGGAGAACCCAAAGAUGCAUAACUCGGAGAUCAGCAAGCGGCUGGGGGCAGAGUGGAAGGUGAUGACCGAGGCAGAGAAGCGGCCCUUCAUCGACGAGGCCAAGCGGCUCCGGGCCAUGCACAUGAAGGAGCACCCGGACUACAAGUACCGCCCGCGGAGGAAGACCAAGACCCUGCUGAAGAAGGACAAGUACACGCUGGCGGGCGGACUUCUCGGCCACGCGGCGGGCGUGGGAAUGGGCGGCGGGCAGCGGCUGGACAGCCCCGGCGGGGGGCACCUGGGGGCCAACGCGGGCUACGCCGCGCACGUCAACGGCUGGCCGAGCAGCGCCUACUCGGGGCAGGUGGCGGCCGCGGCGGCUGCCGCUCACGCCAUGAUGCAAGAGGUGGCGUACACGCAACACCCGGGCACAGGCGCUCACCCGCACCACCACGCGCACCAGCACCCUCACCAGCACCCGCACCCGCACAACCCGCAGCCCGUGCACAGGUACGACAUGAGCGCCUUAUGUUACAGCCCCAUCUCGAACUCCCAGAGCUACAUGAGCGCCUCUCCGCCGGGCUACGGGGGCAUCACCGGCUACACGCACCAGCACCAGAGCGCCGGCGUGUCCCCUGUGUCGGGGGCGCUGGGGGGAACACUGGGACCCCUGGUUAAGUCCGAGCCGAGCGCGAGCCCCCCGGCGUCCACGGCGCGAGCGACCUGCCCCACGGGGGACCUCCGGGACAUGAUCAGCAUGUACUUGCCCACGGGUGAUGCGGCGGGAGACUCCUCCGUGCACGGCCGCCUGCACGUCCUCCACCCGCAGCACUACCAGGGCAGCAGCACGUCGGUGAACGGGACGGUUCCUCUGACGCACAUUUAACGCUCUUACAUGUUGGAAAAGCACUAAACCGCAACCAAAUACUUUAAGAGGAUGUGGGCCGCUGCUGCUCGCGUGUAAAGUAAGGCGUUUAGAGCCAUAAAAAUGCAAUCACCUGAACAAACUUUUUCUUUUUUUUAUGUUAUCAUUUUUUGACUCAACGCACACGCUGAUUUAUUUUAGUUCAAGAGCUUCUGCCAAGUUUUCACACCAUUUCGAUUAUAAUCCCGCAAGUCUGGUGCACCGUGAGCUUUUUUUUUUUAAACGUUUGUGUGGAAUUGAAAGCGUGGAAAAUGUGUUUUUAAAGAAGUUCACAGGCAGCAAAUGAAAUUGAUUUCCGGUUUUAAUCCUUGUAAACACGUGAGUCGGUCGGUGUGAUUUGUUUUUUUGGUUGUUGUAAGUCUUGUAAAUUGUGAAUAAAUAUUCCCACUGGAAACGCUUUAUGCAAAUGCACUGUCAGAAAGAGAAGAAAAGGGCUUUUCUUUCUCAGCAAGGAAUAUUUAUUUUUGCCAUUUCAUGUAUGUGAUCCAAAAAGUGGAAGCAGAACUCCCAACAGUAGAGACAAACGGGUUAUUAAAUUUGCUUUAAGGAUUAUUUAUGCUGUUGCUCAAAUUCAUGCAGUUGAAAUAUGUUUUAUGGUAAUUACUGUGUUUUUACACUCAAUUAGGAAUUCAGCAUUGUUUUUACUAUUUGUGCCCUGAUUACAUGAUCUUUAUUGUAAUUUAAAAAAAAUCAUAUAUUAGCCAAUCGCCCUUAAUUAUUAUCACAGUUAAGUGUUUGAGCCACAUUGUAAUAUUUUUCUUUGUGACGCCCAAUGCGGAGUAUGAGUGACAUAUUCAAGGCUGCAUUACCAUAAAGUUUUGCUCUAACAAA